CUACCUCAACGCCGAUCUCCAGAUCCAAAAAAAACAACAACAAUGGCACCACCCACAAAAGCAGGAAAGAAACCAGUGGCUGAGAAGAAACCAGUAUCAUCAUCACCAGCAGAGAAAAAACCAGCAGAAAAAGCACCACCAAAACUAGUAGGAAAAGAUGAAUCAUCAUCAGAUAAGAAGAAGAAGAAAGCAAAGAAAUCUAUUGAGACUUAUAAGAUAUAUAUCUUCAAAGUAUUGAAACAAGUGCAUCCUGAUAUAGGAAUAUCAAGCAAAGCGAUGGGUAUUAUGAAUAGUUUUAUCAAUGAUAUUUUUGAGAAACUUGCACAAGAAGCAUCAAGAUUAGCUAGGUAUAAUAAGAAGCCUACUAUUACUUCCAGGGAGAUUCAGACUGCUGUUCGUCUUACUUUGCCUGGUGAAUUGGCUAAACAUGCUGUUUCUGAGGGUACUAAAGCUGUUACUAAGUUUACUAGUUCUUAACUUUUAUUUAGGGAUUCAUGAAUUUGGGGAUUAUUUACUUACUGUGGUUAUGAUUUUUGAGAGUUUGAUACAUUUCAUGGCUUUCUUGGUUAUGCUUAUGAUUAUUUACUUGCCUUUCUUGAUUAUUGAAUAAAUAAAUUAUUAUUUUUUCUUAA